AUGGACCAGAAAGGAGUUCAGCUGUACAGAGAGACCUUUACUUGUUCAAUCUGUCUGGAUCUACUGAAGGACCCGGUGACUAUUCCCUGUGGACAUACCUACUGUAUGAACUGUAUUAAAUUACACUGCGAUGAAGAAGAUCAGAGGAGGAUCUACAGCUGCCCUCAGUGCAGAGAGGCCUUCACACCGAGGCCUGUCUUGAAGAAAAACACCAUGUUAGCAGCUUUAGUGGAGCAGCUGAAGACUGGACCCCAAGCUGCUGCUGCUGAUCACUGCUAUGCUGGACCUGAAGAUGUGACCUGUGAUGUCUGCACUGGGAGGAAGAGGAAAGCCCUCAAGUCCUGUCUGACUUGUCUGGCCUCUUACUGUAAGAAUCACCUCCAGCUUCAUUAUGAUGCACCUGCAUUAAAGAAACACAAGCUGGUGGAGCCCUCAGAGAAGCUCCAGGAGAACAUCUGCUCUCGUCAUGAUGAGGUGAUGAAGAUGUUCUGCCGUACUGAUCAGCAGAUUAUCUGUUAUCUCUGCUCUGUCAAUGAACAUAAAGGCCACGACACAGUCUCAGCUGCAGCAGAAAGGACUAAGAGGCAGAGAGAGCUCGAGGUGAGUCGACUAAACAUCCAGCGGAGAAUACAGGACAGUGAGGGAGAUGUGGAGCUGCUUCAACAGGAGGUGGAGGCCGUCAGUCGCUCUGCUGAUAAAGCAGUGGAGGACAGUGAGAAGAUCUUCAUUGAGCUGAUCCGUCUCCUCCAGAAAAGAAGCAGUGAUGUGAAGCAGCAGAUCAGAUCCCAGCAGGAAACUGAAGUGAGUCGAGUCAAAGAGCUUCAGGAGAAGCUGCAGCAGGAGAUCACUGAGCUGAAGAGGAAAGACGCUGAACUGAAGCAGCUCUCACACACAGAGGAUCACAACCAGUUUCUGCAAAAUUACACCUCAGUGUCACAACUCAGUAAACCUACAGACUCAUCCGGCAUCGAUAUGCGUCUUUUGAGAUACUUUGAGGAAAUAAAAGCAACUGUGUCAGGGCUCAGAGAUGAACUACAGGACAUCCUGAAGGAGGAAUCGGCAGAAAAGUCGCUGAGAGUGGCUGAAGUGAAGUUUUUAAUGUCAGAACCAGAGCCAAAGACCAGAGCUGAUUUCUUAAAAUAUUCACGUGAAAUCACUCUGGAUCCAAACACAGCAAACACAGAACUGUUAUUAUCUGAUGGAAACAGAAAAGCAGAAGUAAAAAGCCAAACACAGUAUUAUCCUAGUCAUCCAGAUAGAUUCACUCAUUGGGUUCAGAUCCUGAGCAAAGAGAGUCUGCUUGGACGUUGUUACUGGGAGGUGGAGUGGAGAGGGGAAGGAGUUGAUAUAGCACUGGCACACAAGAAUAUCAGCAGAGCAGGAUAUUCAAAUAAAUGUAGAUUUGGAUUUAAUAACAAAUCUUGUUCUUUUAAAUGUCACAGUAGCGGUUAUGAGUUUUGGUCGAACGGGAAAUUUUCUCCCGUCUCAGGUCCUCAGUCCUCCAGAGUCGGAGUGUACCUGGAUCACAGUGCAGGUAUUCUGUCCUUCUACAGCGUCUCUGAAACCAUGACUCUCCUCAACAGAGUCCAGACCAUAUUCACUCGGCCUCUCUAUGCUGGACUUUGUCUUUAUUAUGAUGGAGACAAAGCUGAGUUCUUUAAACUCAGACUCAUGAACGCUGACUGUAACCACUGCAAGGAAAACCUUUACUUUCCUAGAUAUUACUUUGAGGUCUGUGUGACCUCCUGGACUAUUUCACACCUGCUCUUGAAGAAAAACACCAUGUUAGCAGCUUUAGUGGAGCAGCUGAAGACUGGACCCCAAGCUGCUGCUGCUGAUCACUGCUAUGCUGGACCUGAAGAUGUGACCUGUGAUGUCUGCACUGGGAGGAAUCUGAAAGCCUUCAAGUCCUGUCUGCAGUGUCUGAUCUCUUACUGUGAGAAUCACCUCCAGCCUCACUUUGAAUCAACCAAAUUAAAGAAACACAAGCUGGUGGAGCCCUCAGAGAAGCUCCAGGAGAACAUCUGUUCUCUUCAUGAUGAGGUGAUGAAGAUGUUCUGCCGCACUGAUCAGCAGAUAAUCUGUUAUCUCUGCUCUGUGGAGGAUCAUAAAGGCCACGACACAGUCUCAGCUGCAGCAGAAAGGACUGAGAGGCAGAUAGAGCUCGAGGUGAGUCGACUAAACAUCCAGCAGAGAAUCCAGGACAGAGAGAAAGAUGUGAUGCUGCUUCAACAGGAGGUGGAGGCCGUCAGUCUCUCUGCUGAUAAAGCAGUGGAGGACAGUGAGAAGAUCUCCAGUGAACUGCUCCGUCUCAUCCAUAAAAGAAGCUCUGAUGUGAAGCAGCAGAUCAGAUCCCAGCAGGAAACUGAAGUGAGUCGAGUCAAAGAGCUUCAGGAGAAGCUGCAGCAGGAGAUCACUGAGCUGAAGAGAAAAGACGCUGAACUGAAGCAGCUCUCACACACAGAUGAUCACAACCAGUUUCUACACAACUACCCCUCAGUGUCACAACUCAGUGCACCUACAGACUCAUCCAGCAUCGAUAUCCGUCCUCUGAGAUACUUUGAGGAUGUGACAGCAGCUGUGUCAGAGCUCAGAUAUAAACUACAGGACAUCCUGAAGGAGGAAUGGACAAACAUCUCACUGACAGAGACUGAAGUGGAUGUUUUACUGUCAGAACCAGAACCAGAGCCCAAGACCAGAGAUGAGUUCUUAAAAUAUUCAUGUGAAAUCACUCUGGAUCCAAACACAGCAAACACACAUUUGUUAUUAUCUGAGGGGAAAAGAAAAGUAAAAGUAAUGCAUGAACCACAGCAUUAUCCUUGUCACCUAGACAGAUUCACUGGUCAUAAUCAGGUCCUGAGUAGAGAGAGUCUGACUGAACGUUGUUACUGGGAAGUGGAGUGGACAGGGGACAGAGUUGAUGUAGCAGUCGCAUACAAGAAUAUCAGCAGAGCAGGAUAUUCAAAUAAAUGUAGAUUUGGAUUUAAUAGCAAAUCUUGUUCUUUUAAAUGUCACAGUAGCGGUUAUGAGUUUUGGUCGAAGAGAAACCUUUCUCUCGUCUUGGGUCCUCAGUCCUCCAGAGUCGGCGUGUACCUGGAUCACAGCGCAGGUAUUCUGUCCUUCUACAGCGUAUCUGAAACCAUGACUCUCCUCCACAGAGUCCAGACCACAUUCACUCAGCCUCUCUAUGCUGGAAUUAAUUUUUAUAAACCUGGAGACAAAGCUGAGUUCUGUAAACUCAAAUAG